GGACACACGGACGGACAAGGACUCUCCAGAGCCGCGAGCUGGAGACUGCGGUUCCCGAGACGGGCGCGAGCUUCCCUUUGAUCUGCGGCUCCGUCGCAGCUCUCACAAUCACCUGGAGGAGCGUGCGGAGAGGAAUUCCAAUUUGCAAAAUCGCCUAACUUUUUCCAGACAAAUACGCACUGAAGAUUUCUGGAAUUUCAAAAAACAAACAAACAAAACAACAAAUUAAACAAGAACUGAAGUGAAAACAGCGAUAUUUCUGUCCGAAGUGAAGAGCAGAGGGGGAAGUUUGAUGUUUUAGCAGUGGGGAAAUAUACAGAGAGAGAAUACAGUGAGGAUUUACUGAAUCCGUUUUACGCACUGGGAGCGCAUCAAGCGGACAACCUGAACUCAUGACAGUUUUUCACCCAUCUUCAUCCCUGAAGCGACGCACCUAUUUUGCUCAGGGUGAGGGGAGAUUUUUCUGAAGAAAAACACGUUUUGUGGACUUAUCGCAGGAUUUACCCCUCCUGGAAUUGGUGAAUACGCCGUGAAAGCACCGAACAUUGACCACUGCCAUGCUUCGGACCGAGUGGUAACUUACUCAAGGUUUUUGUAAACAUCAAGGUUGGCUAACACAGCCAUGGGGCUAUCGCUGGAUCUUUGAGAAGAACUGGAUUUCCUCACUCUCUUCCCUUCCCCUUCUCCAUUUUCUAUGCAUUUUUUGUCUUCAAACCUGGGGAAUUGUCUCAAGAGCCGAACCCCAUAGACCCACCUGUGACACUGCCUCCUUUCUUUCAACUGUAAAUCAUGAAAAACAUUUUUUUCAAUCCUGGCCAUUCAGGUUGGCCUUUUCCUGCACUGCUGUUGCUUUUUGCCUCUUUUUCACUGAUGAGGGGUUGCUGUCAUGCAGCCCCUUCAGGCCCCGAGUCAGAUUCCUGCUCCACCUUAGUGCAGAACCGUUUCUUUGGAUUCUUUUUAUCAUCAUCUGUGUUCCCCACUGUGCCUUGUUCCUGGACCCUGCAGAACCCGGAUCCACGAAGGUACACUAUAUUUAUCAAGGUGACUAAACCCACAGGGGGCUGCAAGCCAUUUCAGCUGCGCACUUUCCAAUAUGACUCCUUCUUGGAGACCACACGCACCUACCUGGGCAUGGAGAGUUUUGAUGAGAUUGUGAGGCUGUGUGACACCACUGUCUCUGUGGCCUUCCUGGAGGGUGGAAAACAGUUUCUGCAAAUGAGGAAGGGACCUCCUCGGGCAGGCAUGGCCAUUUAUGGUGGUGAGGAUUUUAAAACAGAAUACCUAGUGGUGGGGAAACGCAAUCCAAGCAUGGCAGCCUGUCAAAUGCUGUGCCAGUGGCUGGAAGACUGCUUGGCCUCCAGCACGUCUAACAGACCCUGUGGCAUAAUGCAAACCCCCUGUCUGUGUUGGGACAAGCCUCCACAGCUCAGCGUGGUUGAUAGUUGUUACCACAAUGGAGUUUACUUGGAAAACUGUUUACCCAGUGUGAAAGAGAGUGGAAGAGAUGCUGAAAAAAAUGGUGGUUGGAGUGUGUGGGGCCACUGGGGGCAGUGCAGCAGCGAGUGCGGUGGUGGAAUCCAAACCCGUGCUCGGACCUGUCAGUCACCUCCAGAAGAGUAUUUUCUGUGUGAGGGUGUAGUGGAGGAGGGUCGGCCCUGCAACUCCCAAUCCUGCUCAGGCAAAGGUCGCCAUCUCUCUCGCAGCCAGUCUCUCCGCUCGGUGGACAGCCGCAAGCGUGAUGACACAGACAAGCCCCGCGGCGGACAGCAGAGUCCUCAGACAGACUCCACCUCAGGUGAGGAGUGGUCAGCGUGGAGUGUGUGUUCUGCCACCUGUGGGGAGGGCUGGCAGAGUCGCACUCGCUUCUGUGUGUCCUCCUCCUAUAGCACCCAGUGUAGUGGACCGCUGAGAGAGCAGAGACCUUGCAACAACUCAGCCGUUUGUCCAGUGCAUGGCGCGUGGGACGAGUGGUCACCGUGGAGCUUGUGUUCGUCCACGUGUGGCCGAGGUUACAGGUCCCGAACACGAACUUGUACUCCCCCACAGUUUGGGGGAGAUCCCUGUGAUGGACCUGAAAAACAGACCAAAUUCUGCAACAUAGCCGUCUGUCCAGUGGAUGGAGUCUGGAACGAGUGGUCCAGCUGGAGCUCCUGCUCUGCUACAUGUUCCAACGGGACCAUGCAAAGAACCAGGGAGUGCAACGGCCCCUCAUAUGGAGGCUCGGAGUGCAGGGGAGAGUGGCUGGAGACUUUUGACUGCUUCCUGGGGGAUUGUCCAGUGGAUGGAAAGUGGCAGCCUUGGUCCUUGUGGUCAGGCUGCUCAAAAACCUGUGGAGGGGGGAGGCAGCAGAGGAACAGGAUUUGCUAUGGGCCCUUUUUUGGAGGACAGCCUUGUCCUGGAGAGCAAGAAGAGAUCCGUCACUGCAAUGAAAAGAAAUGCCCAGAACCUCAUGAAAUAUGUGGCGAGGACAAUUUCUCUAAUGUAGUAUGGAAGAUGACUCCUGCUGGGGAUACAGCAGCAGUACGUUGCCCUCUCAAUGCCAUGGGGCUUAUUCUGCGCCGCUGCUCCUUGGAUGAGGAGGGCAUCGCCUUCUGGGAAAAUCCAACCUAUAUGAAAUGCAUUUCCAAUGACUAUCGCAGUAUACAAACCUUAACUCGGGAACAUUUGUCCAAAGCACAGCGUGGCCUUGUGGGAGAUGGAGUUUCAGAAGUGAUGACCAAACUGAGGGUUACAUCCAGUGAUGGAACAAGCUAUAGCGGUGAUCUGUUGGCUAUCUUGGAUGUACUGAAGAACAUGACUGAGAUCUUCAGGAGGGCAUACUACAGCCCCACCAGUGCAGACAUGAGGAACUUUGUGCAGUCGGUAAGCAAUCUGUUGAUGGAAGAGAAUCGGGACAGAUGGGAGGAAGCACAACUGCUGGGGCCCAACAUCAAAGAGCUGUUCCGUCUCGUGGAGGACUUUGUGGAUGUCAUUGGCUUAAGGAUGAAAGACUUCCAUGACAUGUAUGAAGUCACCGAUAACCUAGUUUUGAGCAUCCAUAAGCGCCCAGUAAUGGAUCAGACUGACUUCAACUUCCCCAUGAAGGGCUGGAGGGGAAUGGUGGACUGGGCCCGGAACUCUGAGGACCGAGUUAGCAUCCCAAGGAAUAUCCUGUCCACAGAAAAGCCAGAUGCAGAUGACUCUUCAACCUUUGUAACCGGCGUUGUUCUCUACAGAAACCUGGGCAGUAUUUUGGCUCUGCAAAGAAACAGCACGGUCCUCAACUCUAAGGUUUUGACAGUGACCAUCAAGCCCACCCCUGCGUCCCUCUCUGCACCCAUUGUGGUCGAGUUCUCCAACCUAUACAACGGCACUACCAACCAGACUUGUAUAUCAUGGGAUGAGAGCGACAGCUCCUCUCUGCUGGGAUCCUGGUCUGCCAGGGGCUGCAGAGCCGUGCUCGUCGACUCAUUCAGAACCAAAUGCGUGUGUGACAGACUGUCCACCUUCGCCAUUUUAGCACGGCUAAACCCCGAAAUGAACAUGGAUAAGAUGCUGCUUCCAUCUGUAACUCUGAUUGUUGGCUGUGGAGUAUCCUCACUCACACUGCUGCUUCUCAUCAUCAUCUACGUGUCUGUGUGGAAGUACAUUCGAUCUGAGCGCUCGGUCAUCCUUAUUAACUUCUGCCUCUCCAUCAUCUCCUCCAACGCCCUUAUUCUCAUUGGACAAACACAAACAAGGAAUAAGAUCGUAUGCACUCUGAUUGCAGCAUUCCUUCAUUUCUUCUUCCUGUCCUCAUUCUGCUGGGUUCUGACUGAGGCCUGGCAGUCAUACAUGGCUGUGACGGGCCGCCUCAGGAAUCGCAUCAUACGGAAGCGCUUCCUGUGUCUCGGCUGGGGUCUCCCGGCUCUUGUUGUAGCGAUCUCAGUGGGAUUCACCAAGGCAAAGGGAUAUGGAACACCAAGCUACUGCUGGCUGUCUUUGGAAGGAGGCCUACUCUAUGCAUUUGUUGGACCUGCUGCAGCUGUAGUCUUGGUUAACAUGGUUAUUGGGAUUCUCGUUUUUAACAAACUGGUCUCCAAAGACGGCAUUACUGAUAUGAAACUAAAGGAGAGGGCGGGGGCGUCACUGUGGAGCUCUUGUGUGGUUUUGCCUCUCUUGGCCCUCACAUGGAUGUCUGCUGUCCUGGCCAUCACCGACCGGCGUUCUGCCCUCUUCCAGAUUCUUUUUGCUGUAUUUGAUUCACUGGAAGGUUUUGUUAUCGUAAUGGUUCACUGCAUCCUGCGCAGAGAGGUUCAGGAAGCAGUGAAGUGUCGUGUGGUAGAUCGGCAGGAAGACACUAAUGGAGAUUCAGGAGGAUCUUUCCAAAAUGGUCAUGCUCAGCUCAUGACUGACUUUGAAAAAGAUGUGGAUAUGGCUUGCAGAUCAGGCACAGUGAAGCGCUCAUCGCUCCAUUGCGAGGAGAAGGCCUCCUCUGGGACCCUCACUCUUCAGAAAGGAUCCAACUUCAACACCAUGCCAGCCAGCAUGGCAAAGGUUCACCUCCAGAAUGUGGCUGACUACUCCAGCCACACUCUCACUCUGCGCAGGGAGAAAGGUGCCACAAAGGGAAUCAGCACCGAGCUCCCAGGGGCAAAAUCCAUCUACAUCUGCGACAGCGAGCUUUUCAAGCAGCUGGACGGCGAUCUGCCUCGAUUGAACGGAGAGGGCAGCAGCUCUGAGAGCGCUGGCAAAGGCCCGGGGUACGUCCUUCUACCUGCAAACAGCACGGGCACGCUAAAAGCUGGCAAGGGGAAAGAUGAUCAGACCACAAAGUAUAACAUUGCCAUUGAGCAGCUCCCUCAGAGCAGGCUCAUCCAUCUGGCUAACCCAACAAGUGGAGAGCCAGUCCCUGGCUUUGGGCUCAAGAGCGUUCCCUCUGACCAGGUCAGUGUGUCGUGUUCUGACAGAGACUCACCUGCACAUAACCUACAGAGCAUGCCCAGAGACUCCCAAACAAUAAGCAGCUUGGUAGAUGCAGGCGAGUCUGGCAACUCUGGUGUGAUGUCCAAGAGUGAAACCGUCUCCACACUGUCCAUGAGUUCGUUGGAGAGACGAAAAUCACGCUAUGCAGAGCUUGACUUUGAGAAAAUAAUGCACACCCGGAAACGCCACCAGGACAUGUUUCAGGACCUGAACAGGAAGAUUCAAAGUGCAGACAAGGAUAGAGAGUCUCCACCUGUUGAUGCCAAAGCUGCCAAAAGAUGGAGUGUGUCCUCUACCGGCAGCGACAAGACCAACAUGAGUGACAAGCAGCAGACCCCAAGUAAAAGGGCAUGGGAGGGCAUCCGCAAACCCCAUUCACCCCCAUCCUGGGUGAGGAAGGAGCUGGAAACUGUAGCCGCCUCCCCUCUGGAGCUGCAGACAGUGGAGUGGGAGAAGACCAGUGCUACUAUUCCCUUGGUGGGCCAGGAGAUCAUGGACUUGCAGACGGAGGUCUGAUAUUUAAUCCCAGCCUCACACCCUGCUGCUCCCUGUCUUCUCCAGUGCUGUCAGAACACCCACCACACACACACACACAUACACCCGCACACUGCCAUGCUCAAUACAAGACGUGGUAGAGUCCUCUGCAAGGAUGUGAAGGGGAGGAGGGCUGAGGAUGACAUUCAAAAUAUUGAAAAAUCAAGUUUAGAGCGAAGAGGAACAUGACUUCUCAUUUUGCAUUUUAUUUGAUGUUUUGAUGUCAGCGAAAAACUGAUCAUCUUGUAAUUGAUUGGCUGGCUCAUGACAAGAGACAGAUUACGUCUACAUGUGCAUCAUCCACAUGUUAUAAACAGCAUAGCAAAGGUAAUCAUGCCAUGUCGCCCCUGUAAUAAAAGGUUACAAUAUAAUAAUCAUAAUUAUGUCUCUUUUUCCCACUAUUGAGACUGUUGCUACAUUAAUGUUUAGCUCUGUCCUGGUGUUUCCUCAUGGUUGCUGAUGUUAUGCCGCAAAGUUAAAAUUGUUUGAGGAGACUGACUACAAAGACUACACCGAUCUGCUCGUCAUUGAUGCUUGCUCCUCAGUGCUGAUGAAACACAAUGAUUGGAGCAUACCGAGGUCAACAUGACUGUGACCAGAAGGGUCAUAAGAAGAGUAAAAAAAGACAUCUUGGGGAAAAAUUCAGAGACAAUGGUGUGCAGGUGGACCAUGUGUGGGCUUCAUGCACUAAUCGGCCCUCAUCAUCAAAGCCUUCCCAAAACGGACCUUCAGGGCAGUGCAUCCAGUAGGAGCCUGGUUCAGCAAUCACAUGCUGGUUGGUGUUGAUAAUGUAAAAGAACCCUUAAAACAAGAAAUGCUCAACAUUUUGGCAGUCUGGAAAUCCUAUCUAAAAGAGCACGGUUUGUGUCUGUAUGCCCUGAGAGACGGAGGAAGAGUACGCAACUAUUCAUAUAUCUGGUUUAUUGAUGAAUGGCAGUGAUGUUAUUGGGCAAACUGUGUGCAGAAUGGGGGCUGCACAGAGGAAAAGCACAAGGCUCAUUUGGAGUCCUGAUGUAUAGCAUUGUAAUUAUUUCAACAGAGUUCUACAGAAUGCAUUUUAACCUAUAAAUAUCUUUCUUACUGUGCUUGAGAAUAGUUGUUCUCAUUAAUUAUGAAUAUGAACAUGACUAUUCUGAUACUGAUCCUCCCAUUCCCUCCCCCUGUCUCAUCAGGGUACUGGACUACAAGUGUUCUGUAUCGCAAUGUAACUGUGUGUGUUUUGAUAUCACCACUGAGUCACUCACUCAGAUCUGUGUUUGUCUAAACUCUGACACCCCCCAACCCCUCCUGAGUUCCAAUGACAUCUUCUGAUCCACAGCUCCACAUCCAACCCCCCAUGACAUUUACACCCGUCCCCUGACCCGAACCGUGACCCACACCCACCCCCAUUUUAUUUUACCAGGACCGCUUCUUUGUUAAUGUACAGUUUUCAGAGCACAAUAUGAAUGUGUCUUAUUUCUAAUAAAAGCAUAUCUGUAUAAUUAA